AUGGAGAUCAACCUCUGUUCGAGUCUUGAAGAACGGCUGCUCCUGGCGCCACUGCGUCAUGGUCUGACGUUCGGCCACUCAUCAGCCAGCGAAACAACAGUGCCCGUUCAACGUUCACGGGGGGCGACGUGGGUGGCGGUUCUGCGUGCAGUCCAACGCGACGUUGGCGCGGGUGUUGCUGGGGAGUUGGGGAAUUCAACAACGUCAACGCCAACGUCAAUGUCAAUGGUGGCGCCGGGCUUCUGGAGUGGUGCGAGGUUGGGGUGGCCUGCGGUGGUUUUUGGUUCUCUCGCGGGUGACGGAGCUGGGUAUGCGGGUGCGGAGGAAGGGAUGGUUGUUUCGGGGGCAAUUCGGGCUUGGUUCACGAAGACAAUACUAGUAGUAGUAGCAGUAGUAGUAGUAGAUAAUAUCAACAUGCACCAGAGCAACCCGUACCAGAUGGCAAUCUACACGGCUGGCCAUCAAGGUAGACGGCGCUUUGCUUGA